GUUCCUUAUUUGUGAGCAUUCAAACAUCGUCGCUCCGGAACGACCCGACGUGACACCACGUUUUUGUAGAUGGAACAUUGCAGCCGCUGUGGGGAAACUAAGAGUAAUAAAUUUGUCGUCAGAAGGUUGCUUUGAGGUCCAGUGUGGCAAACUUGUUGGGACGAUUAAUGAAUGUCAUAUUCUGAAGGUGCCUGCUGCUGCUAUUGAACCAAAAGAAUGUAGUAGAAUUAGGGUGGAUGUGGAACCGCCUGGAGUGUGCGAUGAACGCAGGGCUGUGAUUGAGACAGAUGAUGUUGGCAGCGUGGAGCCGAGCUUCAAUUGUUGGCAGCCGGCCAAAAAAACCAAGGGUGACAUGAAAAUAGAGGGGGCCAAUGACGAUGACAAUAAAAAUACUGGAACACCGACCAGCAAGGAAAAAGUAGCUGGGAAGCUGGUGUCACGUGGAGAGGUUUGGCCGGUAUUGUUCCCAGAUCUUCUGGAACUGUCCAGCACUCCAGACGGUGAAGACGUGGGUGGGGAACAAAGAGGGGUGCGCGAUGAGCUGAUAACUUGUAAAGCAAGAAUUACUGAAUUAGAGAGUGAGAUCAAUAUGAAAGAUGUACAGAUAUGUGAACUGGAACAGCGUGUGGAAACACUGGAAAAACUGCUCGGGCGGCAUGCUGGUAAUUUGUUUGCAAACUUAAAUACUGUGAUUGUGGAUAAGGAUGCAGAAAUUGCACGGCUCACCAAGCAGGUUGAUCGAUUGGACAAAAAAGUAAGCAAUUUGGAAGAUAGUCUUGAUGACCUUGAGGUUCACGAGGUCACACAAUUAGCUGUGAAUGCUGGAUCCAAUCAGCGAACACCAAGUAAUAGUCUGUCAGGCAAAGUGAGUGGGUCUGCCAAUGUGACGAGUUGCGAAAGUGCGCAGCGGUCUGCAUGUCGUAGAGGCCAACCCGAAGACGUGCGGAUCAACGAAUUACAACUUGUUGACAAUGACCCUGGGAUUGAAGAUUUGACAGAUGACUUUGCAGAUGGGAUUGUACGUACAACUGUGGCAAGGGGUGAGGGUAGCUGCAGCCCCAUAAAUGCACAGACAGUAGCUGGUGGCAAUGUAAAAGAUGGCGCAGCUGUCGUUGCUGUAGAAGGUCAUUGUGAACACACCGAAGGUGCAACAACUUCUGGGCCGAAAAUUACAUCACUUGUGAAAAGGGUGAAGAACAAGGCAAGACGGGAAUUUAGGUUAUCAGACUACGAAUAUCCCGGCAUAUUUGGGCGUCCACAGGUAAACACCAAUGUCAGACUUGGUAAAUCAGUUGAACCCGGGGUGAUUUACAGUGUUGAGGACGUCGAGGUGGAGCGUAAAACAUGGAAUGGAUUCGGUCUGAAUAGGCGGCACACUGUGUGGAACAUGGUGAAGGAUGAAGACAGGGAACUACUACAAAGAAUGUACACUUUAGAGGGGGACGGGUUAAUAGUGUGGGAUGGUGGACAUAAUGGAAUACAAGUCCAUUUCACGGACAUCAAAGAUUUGGUGCAGCAGAACUCCAUACACGGCAAUGUAAUCGAUGCAUACGCUGCAAUGUUGACUGAAAUGCAUAAGAUGGUAUCUGGAAGGGCAGAAUAUGUUGGGGCAUCGUACAUUUACACUAGUGUUUGUUCGGAUAUGAUGCGAAACAGUAGUGCUGUUUCCCGAGCGAAGUAUUUGAAUGUUCACAUGAAGGCUGCACGAGGUUGCAGAUACACAGUAAUCCCAAUCUACAAUGCCAACCAUUGGACAGUCAUGGCGUGCGAUUCAGAAAGUGGGAAUUGGAAACAUUACAACUCGAUGCGGCCAAGACGUGGAGUGCGCGAUGAGCACUACAAUGAGGCUCUAAAAGUGAAACAAUGGGUGGCUGAUCACCACAACAAAUUUGUGAAGCCUCGAGUUACACCUACAGCUGUUGGCACACAGCUGUUUGAUGGCAGUUUUGUAUCUGUUGUGGAUUGCCCACAACAAGUUCCAGAGUCGUCGGAUUGUGGGAUUUUCGUGUGCUUCAUAAUCAGGCAGUACAUUCGUGGUGCAGAAGUGAAUACUUCGAUGGAUGGGCUGACCCCAACUGGGCUACAAGCUGCAAUGGUGGAAAUGUUCUUAAGUGACCCGGGCAGUGGACUCCGUGGGAGGACAUUAUAA